GGUAAUGGCACCGCUGGCGUUGUCUUCAGCAAGGAACCAAACAAUCUCUACAAUCUUCACUCUUACAAGCACUCUGGGUUAGCAAACAAGAAAACUGUGACAAUUCAAGGGGGGAAAGAUCAAACUGUUCUCCUGGCCACAACCAAGACCAAGAAGCAGAACAAACCUGCUAAUUUGCUAAACAAAUCUGUCAUGAAGAAGGAAUUUCACCGCAUGGCCAAGGCUGUCACCAAUCAGGUUGCUGAUAACUAUUACAGACCGGACUUGAAGAAGGCAGCUCUGGCAAGGUUGAGUGCCGUUAACAGAAGCCUUAAGGUUGUCAAAUCCGGCCCCAAGAAGAAGAAUAGGCAGGCCUGAGCAUAUAAGCAUUUAUGUCUCUUUUUGUCUAGACAAUCUUGUUUAAUUUGUGCGUCUUUAUUAUUCUAUUUAAAAAGCAAUUUGAUGUCUCAACUCUCUUUUUC